CUCAAAUUAUGACAGCCAACCUUUAAAAGCCAUAGAGCUUGGAGCUCUGAAGCAGAAACACACUACCUGAUUCAGGAUGAUAACAACACUACUCUCUUUCUUCUUUCUAAGCUCCACCAUUGCCUUGGAGCCUGUGGAUCUCUGGACUGAGAGGAAUGGUACUGUGGGUCCAGGAGACCAGUGCAGCUGUGAGGCCUUUCUGCCUGGCAGCACGUUCCCCAUGGGAGAGCUGGUGCAGCUUGAACAGACGGUGGUGCAGCUCAGCCACAAGCUGGACCUGGAAAUCGUGAAGGUUGAGAUGUUUGAGAGCAAACUUACCAUUUAUAUGGAGAAGGUUGUGAACCUCACAGUGUUGAUCAAGAUCAUGGAGGACGAUCCUGACUCCUACUCCGAGCUCCAAAUACAAGAGGUGAAGAUUCAGAUCAAGCAGGUGGAGGCCCUGAUUCUGGAGCUUCAAGCAUCCAUUCAGACGUCUUCUACAGUGCUCAUUACCAUCCGCAAAGAGAUCACCUCUAUGAUUGUUGUGCUGACUCGACUGGAGACCAAAUAUGACAAGAACCUGGUGCUGGUAACACGGAGGGAAUACAUCAAGCUUCAGCAGAAACUGGAGGAAUGCGAGAGACGCCACAAUGAAAUCUUUAAUCCUAACAUCGGAUCUUGCAACCAUGGUGGCAUCUCCAGACUAAGUAAACCAAUCAUAAGCCAGUUGAAUGCAAAUUUGAAUGCAGGUUACACGUAUGGAGGGUGGGGCAAAGAUUCAAAGCCCCUGCCCGGUUCUGAAAAUAUGUACUGGUACUCUGCUUCCACUGAUACAGUGGUCAGAUAUGUUAGUGUUUAUACUGACUACUACAGGCUGAUCAUGAGACAGGCAAAGAAAACAUAUGACCUCUAUGAUCCAAAGAAGGACUGGCGAGGUACAGGUAAUAAUUAUAUCAUACGUAAUAACACACUGUACUAUCAGUUCGCGAACCCUUUCAGCAUGGCUAAGUACAACAUGACCAGUCAGACAGCAGAGUACAGGGUGGUCCCCAAAGCAAGCAAUAGAUUUUCCUACCACUAUUCAGCCAAUCAGAACUUAGACUUCGCAGCAGAUGAGACUGGACUGUGGGUGACGUACGCUACAGAUGAAUCGAAGGGUAAACUGGUGCUGGGGAAGAUAGACGAGGCCGCGUUCGCACUAAAGGAAGUUUGGCAGACCAGCGUCUUCAAGCCAUCUGUGGGCAAUACCUUCAUGGUAUGUGGAGUUCUCUACGCUACGCGAUCUGUAGACAUCCACACUGAAGAGAUCUUCUACACAUACGACACUCGCACAAGGAAGGAGAGCUAUGUCAGCAUUCCCUUUGAGAAGUUCCAGGAGAAUUAUGUGUACCUUGAUUACAAUCCCACUGAUCAGAAACUGUACAUGUACAACAGAGGGUAUUAUGUCAGCUAUCAUGUUUGGUUCAAUCAGAACAACCAAACGAAUAAACCACAACUCCUGAUAUGAGGCUGGUUUGAUUAAAAUACAGCUGAAAAUCUA